ACCGACACCAGUUAAAUAGAUUUAUAUUUUUUCGCUCUCCUGUAUUGCCACACUCACUGCUAUCACCGCUCUUAGUGGGUUAACUAACGCUGGCAGAGCUUCUGCUGCGGCUAAAGAGAGGAUAGUAAGUUAUCUCAAGGCGCAAGCUUAGCUAGCUGUCUUAGCAUAAAAUUUGUUCUCCAGCAGUGGUGCUUUAAGCAGGUUAACGGCAGCCAUAACUGGAGCUAAGAGGAGUGAAAUUAAUCACACCAUGCUGCCUGACAAAGAUGGUCCAGGUGUUGGGGGCGGUCAAAGCUCUUCAGAGGGAGAGGACCCCUCUGUGAGUCUGUUCAGAGAAUAUCUCCGCCUCAAAACUGUCCACCCAGACCCCGACUAUGAUGCUGCUCUUCAGUUCCUGGACAGAAUGGCAGAGGAGCUUGGGCUGCCCUUGAAAAAGAUUGAGGUAUAUCCAGGCAGAGUUGUGUCUAUCAUGACAUGGGAGGGGAUCAACCCGACCUUGAAAUCCAUCUUACUGAAUUCCCACACAGAUGUUGUACCUGUUUUCCAGGAACAUUGGAAAUACGAUGCUUUCAGUGCUUUCAAAGAUGCAGAGGGCAACAUUUAUGCCCGGGGAUCACAGGACAUGAAAUGUGUAACUAUACAGUACAUCCAGGCAAUCAGAAGACUGAAGGCAGAGGGACGGAAACUGACGCGCACUGUGCACUUAAUGUUUGUUCCUGAUGAAGAAGUUGGAGGUCACAAGGGAAUGGAAACGUUUGUGAGGCAUCCGGAGUUCCAAAAAUUAAAUAUUGGCUUUGCACUCGAUGAAGGUCUGGCCAACCCUGGCGAGGCCUUCACUGUGUUUUAUGGAGAGAGGAACCCCUGGUGGAUUACUGUCCACUGUCCAGGCAGUCCCGGGCAUGGCUCUAGGUUUGUGGAGAACACAGCUGCUGAGAAGCUGCGACAAGUCAUGAACUCCUUCCUGGAUUUCAGAGAGAAGGAGAAACACAGACUAAAUACCAGUGAGUGUUUCACGCUUGGUGAUGUCACCACCGUGAAUAUGACCAUGGUCAAAGGAGGCGUGGCCUACAACGUCAUCCCAGCUGAAAUGGACGUCAGCUUUGACCUGAGAAUACCACCCACAGUAAAUCUACAGGAGUUUGAAGGACAGAUCAAAGAGUGGUGUAAAGAAGCAGGAGACGAUGUCACUUACGAAUUUGCUCAGAAACACAUGAACCAGAAUGUGACUUCGACAGAGGAAAGUGAUCCCUGGUGGAGCGCAUUCAGUGAAGCCUGCAAGGCAAUGAAUAUGACCCUGGAGAAGGAGAUAUUUCCAGCGGCCACGGAUAGCCGUUUUAUCCGAGCUGUGGGUAUCCCUGCUAUUGGCUUUUCCCCAAUGAAUCAGACGCCAAUCCUGCUGCACGAUCACAACGAGUUUCUGAAUGAGCAAGUCUUCCUGAAAGGCAUCAGCAUUUUCGAGAGGCUCAUCUCAGCUCUUGCCAGCGUCUCUGCCUGUCCCAGUGAGGCUUAGACAAGUCUUAAUCUUCUCUAAAACAUAUUUCACAGAUUAUCUGAAUAUUUAACUUGAAUAAUUUGCAGAGAUUACCAAAGAAUUAUAACAUGUAUAUCAUGAGCCAAAAACUGAGCACUUAGGUUUUGGUACUAUUGAUUUUUUUUUUUUUUUUUUUUUUUUAAUGAUUCUCAGGAUAUUAGCACCGUAAACUUAUCAUUACUCAGUGCUGGAGCAGUUUUUUUUUAACAACAUACUGUAUGUCAGCGUUGUUGAGUGUACCUGUGUGUAUGCAGUUUUAAAGAAAUAUCCUGUUAACAGUGUUUCCCAUCAGUACUUAAAGAUCCACUUACUGAAAUGUGAAGAUGACUUUGAUGAACUCUUAGAUCAAAUGUCACUCAGUUGCCACUUUUUAGAUUUAGGUUGAUUUUAAAACUAUGAUUCUUCAAAUGUAAUUUUAUUUAAUGAACUAGAAUAAAAUAAAUAUAUUUGUUCAU